AACCCGGUGCGGGACGCUGCCAGAUCCACCGCGGGAGCCGAGCCGCAGAGCAGCCAGAGCAGCCAGUGCAGCCAGAGCAGCUGCAACCAGGCCGUGCUCGCAGAUCCGUGCCUGCCGGCCUGUCCGCCUCUAUUCCCCGCGCUGUCAGUGGUGAGGGGGACUGGGGGAGCGGCUGCUGCGACCUUCGCUCCCACGCUCGGAGCGCGAUCGCCCCUGCCCUGUCUGGUCACGGCCUGAGCACCAAAUACGCAGGAGGUCGGAGUCAGUGUCUUCAUCCUGACGGUCUGGGGACCGAAGAGGAAAAAAGCCAAGAGGAUUCCGUGUAAGAGCAUCGCGGGAGCACGGGGCGUGGAGGAGGUGCGAGAGGUGCCAAGGUUUUACCAGGCCUGUGUGGGUACCAGGCGGUCCGGCAUCUCAGCGGCCACGACCUCUGUUCUGCCCUGAGGAAGUUGGAAUAAUCAGCUGGCUCGGGUCUAGCACUUGAAGCGGUGCCCUCUCUUGUCCGAGGAAUCAGGACCUGGCCCCGCGAGUCCCUGGAAAGCCUGCCUCCUGCCGCAGCCCCACUGGUGCGGAUGUGCCGCUGCCCACGGGAGCGCCAUGAAGGCAGGAUGACCUCAGCCGAAGCAGUGGCUGUGGCUGGAAGUGCCCGGGAGCAUGGCUGCCCCAAGUGGCCUCCUGACAACCCUCAGAUCCUUGGGCAGCCCGCUCGGGCCAGAGUGGUUGUGGCAGCCCUGGUGUGGCUGUUGGCAGGAGCCAGCAUGUCAAGCCUCAACAAGUGGAUCUUCACAGUGCAUGGCUUCGGACGGCCCCUGCUGCUCUCAGCACUGCACAUGCUGGCAGCGGCCCUGGCAUGCCACUGGGGGGCUCGGCGGCCCAUGCCCCGCAGCGCCCAAGGCAGAGUGCUGCUACUCAGCCUCACCUUUGGUACCUCCAUGGCCUGCGGCAACGUGGGCCUGAGCACUGUACCCUUGGACCUAGCACAGCUGGCCACCACUACCACACCACUGUUCACACUGGCCUUGUCUGCCCUGCUACUUGGCCGAAGACACCAUCCUCUGCAGUUUGCUGCCAUGGGCCCACUCUGCCUGGGAGCUGCAUGCAGCCUGGCUGGAGAGCUCCGGGCACCCCCAGCUGGCUGUGGCUUCUUGCUAGUGGCCACCUGUCUCCGAGGCUUCAAGUCCGUUCAACAGAGUGCCCUGCUGCAGGAAGAGAGGCUGGACGCGGUGACUCUGCUGUACGCCACCUCUCUGCCCAGUUUCUGCCUGCUGGCAGGCGCUGCUCUGGUCAUGGAGGCUGGAGUGGCCCCACCGUUGACUCCCACUGACUCUCGCCUCUGGGCCUGUGUCCUGCUCAGCUGCUUCUUGUCUGUGAUCUACAACCUGGCCAGCUUCUCCUUGCUGGCACUCACAUCCGCCCUCACCGUCCACGUCCUGGGCAACCUCACAGUUGUGGGCAACCUCAUCCUGUCCAGGCUCCUGUUCGGCAGCCACCUCAGCGCUCUCAGCUACCUGGGCAUCGCACUCACCCUUUCAGGAAUGUUUCUUUACCACAACUGUGAGUUCGUGGCCUCCCGGGCUACCCGUUGGGGGUUGUGGCGCAGGGACCAGCCUGGCAAAGGUCUUUGAGACCCAGGGCAGCGCAUGAGCCAUACCUGGACAGCCCUUGCCUAUAUCUAACCAUGGACAAUGGCCAUGAGGAAAGUGGAGAGGUGCUAUGUCUGCCAGGCCAGGGAAAGGAGGUGCCUUCCGGAAGGGCUGCCUGGGAGGCAGGCACUUUCACAGAGACCCACCCCCUAUCCCUGCCUGCCUCACCUGUGAGAGCAAGGCCUGCCACUGGAUGGUGGGUCCAAGUCUGGCAUGUGUGCUUGUCAGAUGAAUCAUUACGAUCAGUGUCAAGUACUACAAUGAAAAUUGCUGGGCAAACUUUGAAAACCUCAAUGUGUUAUGAUGAAGAUGAUGCCCAGUGGUUGCACAAUCAUUCCUCCAGCGGGGGAGGCCGUGAGGAACACCAGAGAAGGCGUCUUCAUUGCUGGGCUCCCCUAAAAACUUGGGGUAGUCUGUGUCAACUUCAGGGCGCUACUGCAGCCUCACUCUGCUGCCUCCUCCUCUGGAUUUGGGUCUUCC